CCCUCCCUCCAGCUGGUCCUGCUCCUCCGGCUCCGGGGCCGUGCAGGUAUCUCUCGAGCCUCAAUCUUCUGCAUUAAACAGUUACUGAACCACAAUCUCAAAGACUUUUGAAGAUGCUCUUAGCCCACUGAACUGGAAGAGAUUCUAAGUGGGCCAGAAGCAGGAUUUGAUUCCAACUUGCUGGUUCCUGGUUACGUCUUCAGACAACAGCCUCAUAGAGUGUUUGGAUAGAGACUCGUGAUUUGAUUCAAAUCUACUUCGAGUUUGAAAUCAGAGAUGCGCUAGAGUUUGGAGUCUUUCAUUUGAUUAAGGUAUGGUGUGAAUAUGCGUUGCUUGGCAGCUCGGGUGAACUAUAAGACUCUGAUCGUCAUCUGCGCCCUGUUCACCCUACUCACCGUGCUCCUGUGGAACAAAUGCUCCAGCGACCGGCCCGCUCACCUCCUGCGCCAGCCCGGCCCCGGACCCCGAGCGGACGGACCCGACCAGCGGGCGGCGGCGGCCCAGAGCGCCGGCUACGCCCACGGCCCCGCCGGCGGACAGCGGGACGAAGAGGCGUCGCCCCAGGAGCAGCAGAGGGCUCCCCCCGUCGCCGGAGGACCGGACGGCCGUCGCGGGCCGGGCCUCAGGUACGAGGAGAUCGACUGCCUGAUCAACGAAGACCAGACCAUCCGGGGCCGGCGUGAGGGGCCCGAGGUCUACCUGCCCUUCAGCUGGGUGGAGAAGUACUUCGACGUCUACGGCAGGAUCGCCCAGUACGACGGCUACGAGCGCUUCGAGUUCUCCCACAGCUACUCCAAGGUGUAUGCCCAGCGGGCCCCCUACCACCCGGACGGCGUCUUCAUGUCCUUUGAGGGCUACAACGUCGAGGUGCGAGACCGAGUCAAGUGCAUCAGCGGCAUGGAAGGUGUACCCCUCUCGACCCAGUGGGGUCCUCAAGGGUAUUUCUACCCCAUCCAGAUCGCCCAGUACGGGCUGAGCCAUUACAGUAAGAACCUGACGGAGAAGCCCCCUCACGUCGAGGUGUACGAGACGGCGGAAGACAAGGACAGAAACGGCCGGUCCAACGAGUGGAUCGUCCCCAAAGGGUGCUCUUUGGUGAGCGUGGCCGAUAGAUCCAGGUUCACUAACGUUAAGCAGUUUGUCGCUCCAGAAAGCACCGAGGGGGUGUCUCUCCCGCUGGGGAACACGAAGGAUUUCAUCAUCUCUUUCGACUUGAAGUUCCAGACCAACGGGAGCGUGUCCGUGGUCCUGGAGACCACGGAGAAGAACCAGCUGUUCACGAUCCAUUACGUGUCCAACACCCAGCUGAUCGCCUUCCGGGACCGGGACGUGUACUACGGAAUCGGGCCCCGGACGGCCUGGAGCACGGUCACCCGGGACCUGGUCACGGACCUACGCAAGGGCGUGGGCCUGUCCGCCACCAAGGCGGUCCGGCCCACCAAGAUCAUGCCCAAGAGGGUGGUGCGGCUGGUGGUGAGGGGGAGGGGCUUCCUCGACAACGUCACCAUCUCCACCACGGCCCACAUGGCCGCCUUCUUCGCCGCCAGCGACUGGCUGGUGAGGAACCAGGACGCCCGGGGCGGAUGGCCCAUCAUGGUGACCCGCAAGCUGGGGGAGGGCUUCCGGUCGCUGGAGCCGGGCUGGUACUCGGCCAUGGCCCAGGGGCAGGCCAUGUCCACCCUGGUCCGGGCCUACCUGUUGACCAAGGACCGGGCCUUCCUCAGCGCCGCCCUGAGGGCCACCGCUCCUUACGGGCUGCCGGCGGAACAGCGGGGCGUGAAGGCCGUGUUCCUCAACAGGCACGACUGGUACGAGGAGUACCCCACGGCCCCGAGCUCCUUCGUCCUCAACGGCUUCAUGUACUCCCUCAUCGGGCUCUACGACCUGAAGGAGACGGCCGGCGAGAAGCUGGGCCGAGAGGCGCAUGCCCUGUACGACCGGGGCAUGGAGUCCCUCAAGGCCAUGCUCCCCCUCUACGACACGGGCUCGGGCACCAUCUACGACCUGCGCCACUUCGUCCUGGGCACCGCGCCCAACCUAGCCCGCUGGGACUACCACACCACCCACAUCAACCAGCUCCAGCUGCUCAGCACCAUCGACGAGGCCCCCAUCUUCAAGGAGUUCGUCAAGAGGUGGAAGAGCUACCUGAAGGGAGGCCGGGCGAAGCACAACUAGAGCGGCCCACCCUAACCCUCUCGGCUCCCCCGCUCCCUCUCCCCCUCACCGUCAACACGGGGCCGUCCGGAUGGGCCUCCCCGGGGGCCUUUUCUCCAAAGUGGCCCUCGAGGCCCCGUCUUCCCCGAGAACCACGCUCUGGGCCGUCGGGAAGUGUGAGCGGCGUCCAGUGCGGGAGCGAGCCGGAUCGAGCGGACGGGGCGGGCCCGGUGCCCCUCGUCUACCGGACUUCCGGCGGGAGCCACGGAACCCCCGAGAAACCGGGCGUUCCGAUACCCAGGGCGGGCUGAAAACGUGAAUCCGUGGCCUCUUCCAAGUCUGACCUACUUGGGUGCGCCUCAGGGGCCGAGUAACGGAGAACGCGAUGUGAUCCAGUGAGCGUGGAUCGAGGUGUCGCCCGGGGAGAAGACCGGGCUCCGCUUUUCAAAAGAUGUUCCUUUUCGACCGACUGUCAGUCUCUCACGGGAGGGGCGGGAAGCGGAACGUUUAUUCAAUCCGCAGCUCUCUUAAGCUUAGGGUUUUCUUUACCUAGUUUCAAGGGAAAACCAGAGCCCAUAUUCGGGCUUCAAAGUUCUUUAAUGGAAGCACAACUAAAAGUGAAGCUAGUCGACUGCCCAAGAUUUGCGGAUGCACCAUCUCUUUUGCGAAACUCCAUCUGACAGGCGCUGGAGAUUUGAUAAUCGUUCCACAUCCCCCCCUUUCCCUCCGACCCCCUGUUGUGAUGGUGUUUUUUGUUGUUUUUUUCUUUUUGGUUUCAGUCUGGAAUUUUGUAUUGUAUUUCAAAUGACGUUUGAGGGUUCGGAACAUUUGGGGAAAACUUUAUUAUUACUCCAGAUUUGUAAAUGGGGCUCAUAUCUGUAGCUCAUGGUGAAAUUUGUUUCCACUGAUUUAUAUCGUCCGGGUAUUUUUAUGUUUCAUGUCGCAGUUAAUUUGCGGGACUUUAUGUUUUUGUUUUUUAAACAAAGAGAUGUUGGGUGAUAUUUAUAUAAAAGCAAACCUAGAUGAAACAUCUUCAGUGGAAGAUGCCUAUGGGCGUUGGUAUUCUUUGCUCAUUCUUGGGCAUCAACGUCCCAGGCUGUUAGCUUACAUAAAAUGAAAUGUUUCCUUUUU